AUGUGUCACAUGGAGAAUAGUGAUGAUUAUGAAAUUACUCUCCUCGACAAUGAAAUAGAUGCUCGUUUAUGUGCUAAACUAGCUGCUGAAGAAUUCGCUUUAAAUAAUCCUUUGACGAUUUUCAACCAAACAACAGCUGAAGAAUUGUUUGAGGAAUGGUUUUUGCCACUCAUGGUCGACGGGUUCAAUCAAAAAUUAUCAUUUUUUAUACGACAUCGUCCUACCAAUGAAAUUGUUGCUACAAUCAUGACUUCUGAUUUAUAUUCUUACUGUGAACAGCAUCCGCAUGAUGCACUAAGUCCACCAUCUCAAAAUCCAACAGAAGAUUUAUUUUCAGAACUAAUUCAUGAACUUGUUCAUCAUGAAUUUAAACAAGAAUUAAAACCAAAUAUGGUUCUAUUUAUCAUAGACGGAGUAACACACUCGAAAUACACCGGCAAAAAUUUAGCUACUAAGUUGCGUAUUCAUCUUUGCAAUUAUGCACGAGAUAUAAAAGGUUUUCAAUAUGCAUUCGUACAAACAACUCAUCCGGCGACAAGACAUAUCUAUGUCAAGAAGCUGAAUGGAAAAGAAAUGAGAAUCGUCGAUCUAGCAACUUGGCAAUGGAAGAAGAAAGGUGAUGGUUCAUCUUAUCCAUUCAAACAUUAUCAUAACGAACCCGUUGUGAAUAUUCUCGUCGAUUUUAAUGAACGAAAAUAG